UGGAGGAGCCAUUGCCAACGCUGAUCGACAGUUGUGGCAGACUGCGGUGCAGAGAUACAUAGACAUGGGGCGCAACUCCUCCUGCAGGGAAACGAACGCCCUGGUGGCGGCCCUGCUGGUCGCCGCGCUGUGCCUCGGCGCCGCCGCGGUGGCGCGGGGCCAGCUGACGGACGACUUCUACGACGACUGCUGCCCGCAGGUGGAGGACAUCGUCAAGGCGCGCGUGUUCGCCGCCAUGAAGGCCGAGGCACGCAUGGGCGCCUCCCUGCUCAGGCUCCACUUCCACGACUGCUUCGUCAACGGGUGCGACGGGUCCAUCCUGCUGGACGGGAGCAACAGCGAGAAGCUGGCGGCGCCGAACCUGAACUCGGCCCGGGGGUACGAGGUCGUCGACGCGAUCAAGGCCGACCUCGAGAAGGCGUGCCCGGGGGUCGUCUCCUGCGCCGACGUCCUCGCCCUCGCCGCCAAGUACGGGGUGCUGCUGAGUGGUGGCCCGGACUACGACGUCCUGCUGGGACGGAGGGACGGUUUGGUGGCGAAUCAGUCCGGGGCCAACAGCAACCUGCCUGCACCGUCAUUUUCCAUCGGCACGAUCGUUCAGAUGUUCAAGGACAUGGGUCUGAACACAACCGACGUGGUCGUUUUAUCAGGAGCCCACACGAUCGGGCGGGCGCGGUGCGCGCUGUUCAGCAACCGGCUGUCCAACUUCUCGGCGGCGAGCUCCGUGGACCCGACGCUGGACGCGUCCCUGGCGUCCAGCCUGCAGAGCCUGUGCCGGGGCGGGGACGGCAACCAGACGGCGGCGCUGGACGCCGGCUCCGCGGACGCCUUCGACAACCACUACUUCCAGAACCUGCUGAAUCAGAAGGGGCUCCUAUCCUCCGACCAGGGCCUCUUCUCCGGCGCCGACGCCGACGCCAACGCCACCAAGGCGCUCGUGCGGGCCUACAGCGCCGACCCUGAGCGCUUCCUCUGCGACUUCGGCCGCUCCAUGGUCAAGAUGGGCAACAUCCGCCCGCUCACCGGCUCCGCCGGGCAGAUCCGCAGGAACUGCCGCGCCGUCAACUGAUCGAUCGGGCGCGGAGGCGUCGAUCGCUGCGCACGUGUGGUCGUUUGGGUUAAGCUAGGGUUCGUCGAUCGCCAGUAAUAGUAUGGGGCCGACAGCGUAUCAAUUCGGAUGGAUGAGUGGUGGUAGCUCUAAACCCGAUGCCAACGGAUGAAGGAAUCUCUACGCUACAGUGCCGGAUCAAUAAUCAUCUGUAACAAGCAAGCAAGAAAUUCUAAAAGAAAAACAAUAAAUGCCAUCAAGUCCUUUGUGAGAUUUA